CAUGCGCCGCGUGCACAUCGCCGCUCUUCUGCGGCUGCUCAUCGUCGCAGGCGGCGCCAGUUUCGUGAACCCGCAUACUAACGACGAGCGCCCUGACCUCAACCAAGUAUGGCUGGAGAUACCCACAACCCUCGUCGCGCUAGGCGGAGACGUCCACGUCUACAUACGAGGCUCAACCGGGACUGGCUUGCGCGUUCGCCUCGCGCGAGACGACGACGAAGGCAGAACCCUUCUAGCCACAAUGCCUCUCGCCCUCGACUCCGAGAGCCGCAUGACCCUCCCCUGCGGCUACUUUUCCAGGGGGGGCAUCUACUACAUCGACAUUAUAGCGAACACAUUCCGCGAUUACGAUAACAUCACGAUAAACAGUGUUAAGGUGAAAAGGGAUUUGAGUGGUGGUGGUAUUAUAGAAACUGGUGACAGUAUGGUUAAGUCAUGGAAGUUCGACGUUCAGUGGCCGACCGCUAAUUUGGAUGUGACUCCGGAACAAAUACAGACGUAUCCGGAGAGGCAGGUGACGGCGAUUCUGGAGUUCCCGAAAGUGGUCUGCACGCCCGUGGAGUCAGGGGAGGACUUUUGGUUGGAACUGCUAUACUGCGGCCACUCCAGUGGUGGUGCGGUGCUGUGCGAUGGGAAGAACAGCAGCUCGCAUGCACAUGUUUUGUAUUCGGAACAGGUGCAUGGGUUUCCCGGACGACGCACCAUGACGCUGCGGUGCGAGCUGUUUGGCCAGGCCGGGGACUAUGCGCUGACGCUGCGACCGGCCGCAUCCGCUGGGCCACAAGACUUGGCUGUGGCUUUUAUAAAGGCGGACUGGUCUGAGCAGUUCGUGCUGAACGUGCACGGAGGGUCAGUGUUCCCCUGCGGCGACGGCGUGCGGGUGCUCUUCCAGUACCCCGAGUGCGUACUCGAGGGUGCGGACAGGGUGCGCGUGUUCGGCAGGGAUUCGGAGCGGCUGCGGUACGUCGCGGAGCGGAGGGUACGGAGGGGUCAGCACACGGCCUCCUUCGACUGCCGAUUGUUCAGUGAACGCUAUCCGGAAUAUUGCUUCGUGUAUGUGUCCCAAGCUGUCACUGGCGCGGUGGCAGACGUUAGGAUGGAUUGCUUGCCCACUUUGCCCCUGUCAGAAGGCGGCGCUGGCGGCUGGGGUGAGUGGUCGGCGUGGUCGGCGUGUCCUGCGCCUGCGCACUGCUCUACGAGAACGCGCAGCCGGCACCGUUUCUGCGACUCCCCGCCGCCGGCUUAUGGUGCUAAGUUCUGUGAGGGGCAAGCGGUUGAACUAGCUGCGUGCGAGUGCAACGCUCGGCCGUGGGCUGGCGAUUCGUCUAUGGUGGUGGCGGAAGUGGGCUCCGCGUGCCGCUGCGGUUGUGUGCUUCACCUGGCACCGGCUGCCAGGCUGCUGGCUGGCUCUGCCAGAGCUUGCCGAGAGAGAUCACUCUGGCUUCUGCAGGCGGAAGACGGUUUAGCAGUGCGGCUGAGGUUCGAGGCAGUAAAGCUACCGUGUUCCGGGCAAGCACUGAGAGCCCGAGAUGGCGACUCCCUCGGCUCACCGCUACUGGCUUCUUGGGACGGACCUGAUAAAUCUGCUGUGGCAGACGAAGUAGAAACCACUACGGACGGAAGCGGUAUGAUAGAAAUCGUCGGCGGCAGGCAUAUUUUAGUGGAGCUGCGGUCUACGGACACGACCGAACACUGCGCGGGGGGUUUCCUCGCCCACGCUACACAAAUUGAGCCUAUCCGCAACGCAUCAGCAGCUUGGGCCUCAGUUAGCGGUGGUGCGUGGUGGCGAGGUGGUGGAGGGGCCAGGGUCGCAGCCGCUGCAUUGGCAGCUCUUGCAGCGCUUGCAGCACUCCUCCUUGCAGUACAUUCAGCCCAUCGUACCAGGGCGUACCAGAGAGCUGCUGAUAAGGAGUCCCUUACGGAUAGUGAUGCUUGCUCAGCAUCAUUAGAACUCGGUGGGGCUACUGCUGGCUCAAGAAGUACACUGCUAUCAGAAGUCGUCGGUGGAGGUGUAUCGUUUCGCCGACUGCUCCCUGGAAGAACACGUCAUACGAGGCUCAGGGAUUCUGACAGAACUUCUGAACAUGUGGAACAGAGGGACGAAGAAGAUCAAGCCACAGAUGCAGACGUAGAUGAAGACAACGAGAGUGUAGUCAGCGUUGGAAGCGCAACCAGUCAAGCGACGGUGACUCCUGAAAACGUGUCCUCUAGCAGCGCACCUGCGGGUACCAGUAAUGAUAACGUCACACCAUCGCCUUUACGACGAUCUCACACAGUGUCUACUUCUCACGUGCCACAGAUCGCAUCGCCACCUCAGCCAUCAACAAGUGAAGCAGUUACUGUUGAAAUAAGCACUAGUGUAACUAGUGUGAGUGACAGAGACAGCUGCAGUGAAAAAGAUAGGGACAGUAUGUGGGAAAAGGAUAGAACUGACAGCAGAGCUUCGUCCUCUAUUUCUGCUGCUACACUUACUAAUGGUUGGUAUUCACCAGCAUUAAGUGGUGUCUCAUCGGCGAGGAUCCGCGAUAAUCCUAAGCACACGAAGGAGAGUUGCAAUCGGAAACUUCUCCGUUCCGACCUGAGUCUCACUUCCCACCCUGAAAUGGAGAUCGACUAUUAUGACUACGAAGUUAAUAACGCUGGUUCUGUACCAGGCUCUUAUUUGGGAAUGGACCCCGCGUUUUUGGUUUGGAUACCGCCAAUUGAGGAAGGUGAUAUCAUCAAGGAGAUUGAUGAAACCAAAACCCCUAUCUAUGAGGAGAUUAUACCGAAAGAACUACGUCCAGAUCCUGGCAGCAACACAGAAUCACCUGAAGACCGACCGUCAUCGAGUACACUUAAGAGAAACUCGGAAAAUCGCUCAAAUAGAUCCAACGAAUCUAUUAAGUCUAUGCGAAAAGUUAUGGACAGGAGCAAUAUCAUACAUCCCUUAAAUUUUAGUAUUAGUGAUUUGCAAAACUCUCCUAAAUUACCUAAAAGAUAUAAGAAAAAACGUGACGAUUCAGUUACUAUACCAAUGAAAGAACUAACUCUUACAAUGUCUCCAGUAAAAGUCCACAGACGAGAAAAUAGAAACGAUUUCGAUAACUCUUCAACUCUAAAAAGAGUGAAUGACACUAGAGAAAAAGAUAAAGAUGCUACUUUAAAAAGAACAACAGAUUUUAAUGAUAUUAAAUUUGCCGACGAGAAUUCCGAAUCAUCCAAUGAAAUUAAGUUCGCAGACGACUCGCCUGAUAGCAAUAGAUUGUUCGAUAAAUAUGAAGUAAAAGCUUGA